AUGAGACCGAUCGUCUACCCUCUGAUAAAGUUGAAAGUGGAGGAUGGUCGCUCUGCUCUUUUCUGGCACCACAAUUGGGCUCCUGCAGGUUGUAUUUCCGCUCUCGAAACCUCCUCAAUCUCAAGACUAGGGAUUCCGCACAAAGCAACUGUGGCUUCGCUUUGUAGAAAUGGGAACUGGUUCCUUCCGCCUGCGAGAACAGAAGCAGCGUUAGAACUCUAUGCCUUCUUAACCACAAUCCAGCUUUCUACAAAUGUUGAUUUCUAUGUGUGGAAUCUUCAGGGGAACAGUGAAACAAGAUACAAAACUGGAGCAGUAUAUACUUACUUGAGUGGUGAGAUUGAAGAUAAAGGUUGGGCAAAGCUGAUAUGGUUCACGCGCUCUAUACCGCGACACUCCUUCCAGGCGUGGCAAGUCUACCUGAAUCGUUGUCCUACUAAAGAUAGGAUGAUAGGUUGGGGCCUUCAUGUGGAUCCGAUGUGUGUGCUUUGCAACUCGCAAUUGGAAUCUAGGGAUCAUCUGUUCUUCGAUUGUCCAUUCAGUUAUGAUCUAUGGACCUUGAUCGCGUCUAGGUGUUGUCUUCGGCCUCUCCGAUCUUGGGGUCAGACGGUGGAUCAGUUGACGGCUUUGGUGGGUGAUAAAGCAAAGCGCUUGCUCUCUCUUCUAGCCUGGCAAGCCACCAUCUACUGGCUCUGGACUGAAAAAAAUGGGAGAUUGCAUGCCAGACCUUUUACAACGACAACUGUGAUGUACUCUGUGAUUGAUCGCCAAAUCAGGAAUAAAGUUCAGAGCUUCAGAGAAAUCAACCCCUCUCUCUCGACCACGAUGAUGCAGCGAUGGUUCUCCAUGGGAUGA